CUUUGAGCCCAAGACUCACACUUCACUCAACACUACAACAGAGAUAACCCUCUCUUCACAUGUCUUACGAUUGUUUGCAAUCCUUUCACUCCUUUUAAUCCAUUCAUCGCUCCAUUAAUCGCAUCGAAAUCAUGAGUGAAUCGCCGGACAAAGCAGUUGAGAAGACGGUCGAGAAGACGGUCGACAGCGACGACAAACAGCCGCGCGAUAGGACUGAAUCGGAGUCAUCUAAUCCGGACAUACACUUCGAGCCCGUCAUUCAGUUGCCAUUAGUGGACAUCCAG